CGCCAGCGUCGGUCGCGCGCGGCAGCGGCGUGAGAGGAAGGAGAAGAGCGCGCGCGCCCCGGCCGCCCCGCAGCCCCCGCUCCGCCGCCAUGGCCGCCUACCGCCUCGUGCUCGUGCGCCACGGCGAGAGCGCCUGGAACCUGGAGAACCGCUUCAGCGGCUGGUACGAUGCCGAUCUCAGCCCCGCCGGUCAGCAAGAGGCGCGUCGUGGCGGCGAGGCCCUCCGAGAUGCCGGCUAUGAGUUCGACAUCUGCUUCACCUCGGUACAGAAACGGGCCAUCCGUACCCUCUGGACCGUCCUGGAUGCCAUUGAUCAGAUGUGGUUACCCGUUAUCCGAACGUGGCGCCUGAACGAGAGGCACUACGGGGCUCUCACUGGUUUGAACAAGGCUGAGACGGCAGCGAAGCAUGGCGAGGCGCAGGUGAAGAUCUGGAGGCGCUCGUAUGACAUCCCUCCACCUCCCAUGCAGUCCGAUCACCCCUUCUACAGCACCAUCAGCAAGGACCGUCGCUACGCUGACCUGACAGAGGACCAGCUGCCGACAUGCGAGAGCUUGAAGGACACCAUUGCCCGGGCUCUGCCUUUCUGGAAUGAGGAAAUUGUCCCACAGAUCAAAGAGGGCAAGCGAGUCCUUAUUGCUGCCCAUGGCAAUAGCCUGCGUGGGAUUGUCAAGCACCUGGAAGGCAUGUCAGAAGAGGCCAUCAUGGAGCUGAACCUGCCCACUGGCAUCCCUAUCGUCUAUGAGCUGGACAAGAACCUGAAACCCGUCAAGCCUAUGCAGUUCCUGGGGGACGAGGAGACAGUGCGCAAGGCCAUGGAAGCUGUCGCUGCUCAGGGCAAGGUUAAGAAGUGAGGGCGGGCAGCAGGCUAGCACGUAGUAGAGCCCCCUGCCAUCCCCCACCCCUCUGUGCACACCCCCCACAGCCGUAGGAACUUGGAACUGCGGAGCUGGAGCAGCUCCCCAGGAUUAGGCCCAUUCCCUCGGUACCAGGCUCCCCUCUGCAGACAGCCUGGGGGCCCAGGGGCGAGGGGCUGUGCGUGCGGAGGUCUGGUGUGAAAGGCAGCCCUGGCUCUGCCAGACAGCGACUGCACACCUCUCCACACAGAGAUCCCAGCCCUUGGGCCCUGUCUGCAGGCGUACAUGCAGAGUGAUCCCUCGCUGUGCCAGGCUCCUCCUCUGCUUUGCUUCCCCGGCAGCUCUCGUCACCUGGUUACUGUAGUUCUGUUGCUUGAUUUAGUCAUCCCGGGAGCAGUGGGGUGAGUGCAGCACAGGCAGCGACCAAGAUGGGUAUCCCGUUCCCUCGUGGGUGUGUGGCACAAGGCGGGUAGAUUCUGAAAGAGUUGUAUUUUGGUGCAUGUGGUACAGCACCCAAGGGUGGUACUCGUGACUCUGGACCUAGCUCUGCUAGCCCCUGCUUUAACUUAUUGCCUUUGGACAAGGGCAAGGGAGGGAGCCUGCCAUCUAGAAGUUCGUGUCCACCGCAUACUUCCCCCAGCUGAAGCCCAUCCUAGUCCUGCUAAUGAAGCAGGUACCAUUGUGCCCCAUCCCACCUGCGUGUACGUGGCCCUGUUGCUGUGGCCUCCUCCUCUGCUGACGCCGUGAGCCUGGGCUUGCACGGGGUCAGUGUCACUGUCCGACAAUAGCAGCUGUCUUGUUCCACUUCAAUAAAGGAGUAAUGCGCAAUAA